AUGAAAUUCACAACUGCUUUCCUCCUCGCCGCUUCAGUCAACGUCAUCACCGCUCUCACUGCCUCAUUCGAUGGCUGCUUCGCCAAUUCUGGUACCACAGGAUCCUACGCAAACCCCCCUUGCACGGUUAGCAGUCCAGACGACUGGUACCUCGCUGCAGAAUACAAUGGCCCGGCUCAGAACUCGUGUAGCUGUAAGUGCUACAGUCCCUCAUAG